AUGGACACUCAAAAUGAACCCAGCCAAAGCAACACUCAUGAGCGUGAACAUGAAUAUGACUAUGAAUAUGAGCACGCUUUGGAAAGAACCAGGUCUUUUGACGAGGAGCCAAAGCAGCCCACAAACCUUCCCAACACAAUAGAAAACGCCCUCCAAACCGUUGACGACGCAAAAUCAGCGGCAGAUAAAAAAGCAAAGAGACAACACCACCAAAAGUCUACAGCUUUAACGAGCGAUGACGUGAAAUAUCUCUUUUCUGGCGCGCCGCAUUUCAUGCUCGAAAAGGGCCACCACAAUCAUUGGUAUCCGCAUGUGCUUUUUCCCUGGGAUACUAGCCUGCCCAUACAGGAUCUCUGGGAUCGGGAGAUGCUGCGCCAUGAAUCGUUCACGCUGUCCACACUACACGCGCAUCUCCCGGUGCCGAAGAACUUGCCGUUCAAAGGCACUUCUGAGAGAGGCAAGGACCAGGCUGCAGAAAAUUGGAAGUACGAAGACGGCGUCAAGCGAUCCUCGUACGAUUUAGGCAUCUUUGAAGUUCCAAAUAUGCUCUCCAGGAAUGGCAAGGAGCCGGGCGCAAUCGGAUUUCGGCAUUACCUAGAGCUAGCAACAGCCGAUGCCGUGCGUUACAAGCAAGAUGUGCCCAGGGGAGAAUCUCUCGAUCCGCAUCUUUUGGCGAACGUGCCUUUGACAGAGGCCUUCGACACGCUGAGCCAUCUAAGAGAUCCAUAUUCGCAAUGCCAUCAAGAUAUCAUCUUCGACCGACACAAGCUGCUGUGCGAGGGUCCUGCGGCAUGGAAAAGAAUUGGCAUUCGUGAUGUUCACAUUAACGAUAUUGUGGACAGGUUAGAAAAGCUCUCCAACUUGAGGCUAGAGGCCUUGAAACAGUACUCCGCCGCUUCUACUUCUACUUCUACCGGGGAGGAGAAGCCCGGGCAAAACAAGACAAUUACUAUCCUAGACAAAGAGUCGACUGAGUUACUGCACAAAGAGCUUUAUACCAAAUUCCUAUUCCCGCCGCCCCGAGGCUGGAGUCAUCAUGCACAUGAAGAACUCAAAAAUCAGAUUGAAGUGAUCACCAGAGUCCUCGCUGUCAAGGGUGCAUGGCUCAACCUGAGUCUCCCCGAGUGGCGAUUGCGUGUAGGACAAAUACUGUGGGAAAUGCCUCCGCACGCAGAUGGCGAUUGUAUGGACUGCAUCAAACCAUUGGGAGAAAAGAAAACUCCAAAACCGUCAUCAUCAGCAUCACCAACAGGUCCAUCCAACCUGAAUAAAGGACUGGAGAGAAAAUGGCUUCUCCUGCAGCUCGUUUUCGCGGGAGAACUGCUAAUUCGUUUGGAUGCCAUUGUCCAAUUGGCUGUGUUACAGAAUUCUAAAGACAUGUCAGUUACAGCGCAGGAUAUGCGUGAGCUUGAUAAGCUGCGGCAUGGCAAAGUGAAUUGGGAUAUUCUCUUCUUCCAGCGCUUUUCUGAUAAUCUGACUAUCAAAUAUCUACCCAAGAGUUCUUUUCAUUUGCCUGGACAGUCAGAGCAGCAGCAGCAGAAACAAGAAGGAACACGAAAUCCAGCAAAGCAACACGGCCUUCUGUCUAAAUUCGGUGGCAUUUCGAAACACUUUCAUUCCAAUUCCAGUCAUACACACUCACCACAAGAGUCUUCACUUGCGGAAUCGUCCUCAUCAGACCCUAUCUGGGACUGCAUUGCAAUUUCCGCUCGUCAUCCGGAGCGACAAUUAAAAGGGCUUUCUGUGUUUGCCGAAACUCUUGAAUGGCCAGGCUACGAGGCACUCGAAGCGCGUAUUCGGUCGAACGUGCAACAAAAAGAGGGAGAGACUAUGACUACGGAAACAGUCAGUUUGGCGUACAGUGUUCCCGUCAAAAAUACCGAAACGUCAAGACUAUUCAGCAAGAAGGAUACAUAUACCAGGAAUCCGCGUCAUCGAUAUUUAGUACUCCAUAGAAACAAAUCGGGUGAAAAUGAUGCUAUUCGAGGAGGAUGGCUAUCUAGAGCGUGGCUUACGGGCCUCGUGAUGCCCGGUGAAAAUAUCAGUCAUUUAUUGAUGGCUACACUCCUAGAAAACGACCCCAAUGCCCUUCACACACUGGGCACGGUGGCGAACUUGUAUGGCGGGCUGAGUUACGGAGAUCAGGGAUGCACAUGGUGGAGCACGCAAUGCGUCGUCGGUAGAGUUCUUGCUGCCCUGGAUGGGUCAAGAGUGUGUACGGGGUGGGUGAAGACGAGCAUUACGCCUGUACAUGACCACGGCGAUGAGAAGAAGACGCCGCUGAAACUUACAGACACCUGGUUCUCGAUUGAGGGCGUUCAGGAGCCUUUACAAAAGAACACACGUAUUCGGCAGGGCACGAGGUUGGCUAUUGAAUCGAACCCUCUUGGAAGAGGCAGAGUGUCCAAUGAUACAUUUACGAUACCGCUUGACGAUGACGAUAAGGAGAAGAAUCGGGAUGUUAGUAUGAAGCUGAACGGACUCACGUUGUCUCGACCUGAGAAUGCAGCAGCCUCCAUCAAUAAUAUCUUUGUGGCUGAUCGCGCUUCGCUUGCGUUUGAGAUCACCACCACUGCUACUACCUCCAGUACUGAAUCACGCCACCCACUCCACAAAUCAUACGCAUACAAACACGUUUCACUACAAGACCUGCGUGCAUCUACCCGCCCACCAGUCGUCCACUUUACUACCCCUACUCAUAACCCAACCCCUACCCCUGCUUCCGAAAAACCACCUACGGAAACAGACGGAGAGGUAGCAGCAGAGGAAGAACCAGUAUGGAUCUUGGACGCGCGCUGCAGUCGCGACAAGGAAGUCUUUGCGCGGGCGUGCCUGGAUAUUCCCAGCAUUGCAGAAUCUUUCCGUCAGCAGUCUAAGAUAAGAAUGAACUCUGCUCAAGUCCCCCAACAUGUAUCGGCAUUACUCUCACACCUUACCUCGCGGCCGGGCGUGCAAUCGACUCUGAUCCUUUCCCGCAAAGAUGGCUCAAUCAUACAAAGCACCGGUCUACUAGCGACGACGUCUACCUCUACAUCCACACCACAUGGAACCGGCAACACCACGACAACAGCCACAACAAACACAGAAAAUGCCUCCAAUCCCGGUGGCGGCGGUGGUGGUGGUGGUGGAGGAACUGUCACAGGCUCUUCCGACCCUGCUGCAUCCUCACCGGAAUCUGUCCCCACCGCAUCAGCUCAAAGCCAGAACACAAUACUAGCCCAACAACCCUAUAAACCCAGCCAAGCGGAGGCCCUUGCCGCCCAUAUUUUCGCUUUUAUGUCUGGCGCCUCUGGCUUGGCGUUGUCAUUAUCAGGUUCGACGGGCAGCGAAGAUAUUCCGGGGUUUGAGUCGCGAUCGAGAAAUGUAAACGGAACAACAGCAGGAGAUGGCGCUGAGAAGGCGCUGGACGAAACAGCGACAGCGACAAACAUGACGUCAGCAGAGAGGAUGUAUGACCGCGAAGAAGAUGAUGAGAUUAAGCUCUUGCGACUGCGCACAAAGAAGCAUGAGAUAGUCGUUGUUCCUGAUCGGAAGUAUUUACUUUGUGUUGUUCAUGAUGCUUCUGGGGCUGCUGCCGCUUCUUCCUCUUCUGGGUCUAGAUGA